GAGGCCACCUGCUGCUGUGAUCCUGCUGGCCGGAGAACAACGGCGAUCUGCGGCUACUUUUCUGCCGAUAGUCGGGAAGCAGAACCAACCCGGAGGAUUACCUGGAGGUAAGACAACAACCCACCAAACAUAUUGGUGUGUGUGCGAUGAGGAUGUGAGGUGUGUGUGUGAUGGCGUCCUCGUUCUCCCCGCUGCAGGUGGGGCGUCUGCAGGGUCUCAGAGCUCAGCUGCUGCGGCGCUACGAGCACCGGACGCUGGUUUCCUGUCUGUCGGGGCUGUAUGGCUGCAGGUGGACGAGAGAGAGGAGAGAGAGGAGCAGGAAACAGCCGGAGGACUGCUGCUGCAACAAGCUGGAAGGCGUCUGCUUGGCUCUGCUGGUUGCAGCUUUCUGCUUAACGCUGGUGUUUCUCUACUUCUGGGGACAGGCUAAGAACGACUACAAUGACUUUGACUGGUUCACCUUCAGUACCCUGGGCUUCUGGUUCCCCUGGUCUCUGGUCCUGCUGGUCGUCGCUGCAGCUUUCUUCACCUACGUUACCGUACUCAUGCUGCUGGCGGUGUGUUUGCUGUCAGAAGGUCAGAAGCUUUAUUUACACUGGAGUCACAAGAUUGGGAUCGUUGUGAGUCUGACGUUCUCCAUCGUAGCGACCGCUGUGUUAUCUGACCUCUGGAGCAAAGAGCUGACCACGCUGCUGCUCUCCUUCCAGGUGACUGCUCCCUUCCUCCAUGUGGGGGGGGUCUUCCUGCUGACCGCUCUCUCCUGGCCCGUCGCUCUGCAUUUCUUCCGCAUGACCAGCAGAGUGAGGGGGGGGCUGAUCCUGGGGUUUUACCUGAGCUUCCUGUCCGUCCUCUAUCUGGUUCCCCUCGGUCUCUACUCUCCUUGUAUCAAAGAGGUCAGGACCCUCGGACCCCCGCCGGCCCUCAUCGGACACAGAGGGGCCCCCAUGCUGGCUCCAGAAAACACUCUGAUGUCGUUUGAGAAAGCUGUGGAAACAGGAAGUGAAGGUCUGGAGACGGACGUCACCAUCAGUGUGGACGGAGUCCCCUUCCUGAUGCACGAUCAGACGCUGCGUCGGACCACCAACGUCCAGCACAUCUUCCCCAACAGAACCAACACGGCCGCCUCCUUGUUCAGCUGGAGCGAGCUGCAGAGCCUCAACGCCGGAGCCUGGUUCCUCUCCAGCGACCCGUUCAGCACCGCCGGCUCUCUGUCUGCAGAGGAGCGUCUGCGCGCCGCCCAGCAGCCCGUCUGCAGCCUGCAGGCCUUCCUGCAGCUGGCUGCGCAGACAGAGCAGCUGGUGAUCUUUGACCUCUACCGGCCCCCCAGAGGUCAUCCGUUCAGAGACACCUGGAUCCACCGCACGCUGGAGGUCAUCCACGAGUCCUCCAUCAACUCCUCUCAGGUGCUCUGGCUGCCCUCUGACCUCCGCUCUCUGGUGCAUCUCUCAGACCCUUCCCUCCAGCAGACGUCGGGCAGCCGGCUCCCCCCGGAGGAUCUGCAGAGAAACAACAUCCUGAGACUCAACCUGCACUACAGCGACAUGUCCACUCAGAGCCCCAGUGCGUACUCAGCGAGUAACGUCAGCACUAACCUGUACGUGGUGACCCAGCCGUGGCUCUUCUCCCUCGCCUGGUGCUCAGGGGUUCAGUCGGUCACCACCAACAACCCCCAGCUGCUGAGCUCCAUCACCGCCCCGCUGUUCCUCAUGAGUCCAGAGGAGUACAACCUGAUGUGGAUUCUCACUGAUCUGCUGUCUCUGCUGCUCAUCAUCCUCUUCUUCAUCUUCCACUGGUGGAGAGAGCGCGGCCUGGCUUUCUGCUCCGGCACUAAAGUCUCUCUGGAUAACGGCACGUACAGCAAGUUCAAAGCAGAGAUGAGUGACAUCUGGUCCGUCUCCAGCAUCAACUCUCAGGCAGAGAGGACGUCCAACCUGGCAACCGUGAUGCAGCACUAACAUCUGGAAACAUCUCUGAUCACAUCUGGAAACAACUCUGAUCACAUCUGGAAACAUCUCUGAUAACUUCUGGAAACAACUCUGAUCAGUUCAGUCAGACAACUCACGUGUUUCUUAAUAUGUUUAUUCGAAGCAGCAUAUAGUUUGAGUUUGGCGUCUAGGCUCGGGCCUCAUCACUCCACAGAUUUACAAAGAACA